AUGGAUCUCAGCUGUGAUACCCAUGAGGCUCAUUUGGUUCAUUUGGUUCUGGACUUUACGGUCAACUGGAAUCCCUCCGAAGAUAGUCUUCGAAUCCCGGCCCAGCGCCUUGUUAGCCAAUGUGUUCUGGAUCGAUUUUGCGGAGAAAAUUAUAUCACCACGGACACGGACGGUGAUCUGCUACCUCAAGCAUUCUACGAUGCGGCAUUUGUGCCGGACCCAUCGAGGACAGAUAUUCUAUCUCAAUCAAUACCGGGCGUAGUCUCUCGCCUGUACCCUUUCCAAAGACGGGCUGUCCAAUGGCUCUUACAACGCGAGGGUCAAGCUUGGCAGGAGGACGAGGAGUCUGGCAGGUCCGGACUGCAGCCGCAUACAACACAUGCAACGGACCUGCCUCUAUCCUUCAUCACCUCAACCGACGUCGAGGGAAACCGCUACUACGUUAGCAGCUUGUAUCAUGUCGUUUGUCGCGAAAUUGCUCCUUAUCAGCAGCGAAUCGCAAGCGUUCGAGGUGGCAUUCUCGCGGAAGAAAUGGGUCUGGGCAAGACUGUGGAGACGAUCUCACUGAUCGCUUUGCACACUCGCACAGACAUGCCAAACACCUUUGACGACAUCUAUACUGGACAGGUGGUUGAGCCUACGCCAGCGACACUUAUUGUCACUCCGACGACCUUGAAAAGGCAGUGGCUGUCAGAGUUUGAAAGACACGCCCCAGGCCUGCGCGUCAUGACAUACGAAGGGAUGAAGAAAACUAAGGCAUCCGAGAAAGACAUUAUUGAGCAGUUCAAAGCUCACGAUGUGGUUAUUGUCACGUACAAUGUCCUCCAAGCCGAGAUUCACUUUGCAGAAGAUCCACCAGACCGAGCCAUGCGCCGGGAACGAAAGUAUCACCGGCCCAAGUCCCCACUCGUCCAGCUCUCAUGGUGGCGAGUCUGUUUAGACGAGGCUCAGCAGAUCGAGAGUGGUGUCAGUGCUGCGGCGAAGGUUGCUCGGCUCAUUCCGCGUGUUAAUGCGUGGGGCAUCACAGGAACACCCGUCAAGGAGAACAUCAAGGAUCUCUGGGGUCUCCUACUCUUCCUCCGAUACGAACCCUUUGCUUCAUCGUCCUUGAUAUGGGACAGGCUCACAAGCUCACGCAAAGACCUCUUCAAACCCCUCUUCAACUCUAUUGCGCUCCGUCACACGAAACGUGCUGUGCGAAAUGAGCUAGAGCUGCCUCCUCAAAAGCGUUAUGUCAUCACCAUGCCUUUUACUGCUGUGGAAGAGCAACACUACCAAUCCCAGUUCCAGUCGCUAGCUCGUGGCUUCGGCCUCGACGAGCAAGGUAACCCCAUCGAGCAAGAUUGGGACCCUGAGGACCCAUACGUCAUUGACCUGAUGAAACGUGCAUUGGCACAACUGAGGCAGAGCGUCUUGCAUCCCGAAGUCGGCCCUGGUCGUCUCCGAACAGUAGGACAAAGGAAUAAGCCACUUCGCACAAUCGAGGAAGUCUUGGAUGUCAUGAUUGAUCAAGCUGAGACAACAAUAAAAACAGAGCAAAGGGCAUACCUUGCUAGCAAGCUCAAAAGGGGUCAGCUGCUUGAGAACUCGCCACGAGUCAAGGAAGCUCUAUCAAUCUGGCAAGAGGUCCGGCAAGAGUCUGAGACUAUUGUCUUGGAGUGUCGCCGUCAGCUGAAAGAGGCCAAGGAUGCCGCCCGGAAGGCUGGAGUAGACGAUGGUUCAAGCAUCGGUGAUAGUGAUUCCGAAGAUGACAUAGAUGAGGACGAAGUUACGAAAGCCAUCAGGCGGCGAGUCGGAGAGUGUCGCAGAAAACUUCGAUCUGCACUAGACAUAUUUCAUCGUGCUGUGUUCUUUAUUGCCAGCGCGCACUUCCAGAUAAAGACGAACGAAGACAUGACGCAACCUGAAUCGGAGGAAUUCAAGAGCUUGGAGGAAUUAGAAAUCAAAGGCUACGAAGAGGCUAAGGAUAUCCGUAAGGAGAUAUUGCAUGAGGCACAUGCCAAAGCCACCAGAUUGAUGCGCGAUAUCGCAGAGGAUGCAGCCUCGCAGAACUUUAUCGAAAUCCCCGAGUUCAAGGCAUCCGCGUUGCAAGGCAUCGAAAGCAGACGCACGCUCAGCAACCUGGAGCAACUGGGUGGAGCUCUUGAUGAACAAGCCAAUCUCGUCGAUGAGUGGAGAGAGAACGUCAUUCAGCUCCUCCUACGUCCACUUGUAGAUGAGGAAGCAGAAGCAGAGGUGACGGGUGAGGAAUACCAAGACUCUACACAGAUCCAGGAUGACCUUAUGGCAUAUACACUGGUACUUCGGGCAGCCAUUGCCGACAGGCAAGAUGCUCUAUCCGGACUUCAGAAUGACCGCGUACGUUACGAAACCCAGUUCGCCGAGCGACAGGCGAAGGAUGGCGAAGGUCCUGCACCAGAGAGGACUUUAGCCCUCUUGCAGCAACGAAACGAGAUUAAGCCCAAGCCUGACGAGGGCUCUCUUCGUGGGGUCAUCACAGACCUGCGAGAAUUGGCCACAAAACUACGCCACGACGCGGCCAAUGGCAGUACUCGAGCCCGAAACGAGCUGGUGAUCGUGCAAAAGCAGCUGCAUUUGACCCAAGAACAGAUCAAUGAGCAGACGAAAGCAGCUACCGCCAUGGAAAAGGAGCUGGACAUUUUCACCGCGGCGAUGAACGCCCGCAUCGAAUAUUAUCGACAACUGCAGGCCGUUUCGGAUACUGUCGCUCCGUUAGAACGGGAGGAGAAUGAGGACGUGGAUGCGAGACUAUCAGGUAUGAUAGCGGCGGAGGCGAGUCUCCAGAGCAACGUCUCCGCUGCGCAGUCCAAGCAUCGCUACCUCAUGCACCUCAAGGACGCCGGAAAAGAUGCCAGCGAAUCAAAAUUUUGUGUAAUCUGCCAAGCCAGCUUCACCCUAGGUGUCCUCACAGUCUGUGGCCAUCAGUUCUGCAAGGAAUGUAUGAUGCUUUGGUUCAAAGCUCAUCACAAUUGUCCUGUCUGCAAGAAACACUUGACCGCAGCAAUGCUCCACGACAUCACGUUCCGCAAGCAGGAGCUCAGACUACAUAAGGACCAAUCGCACCAGCUUCCUAACGGGCAGGAGCAGCGCUCGAAGUCUAAGAGAGCGGGUAUAUACACUUCAUUCAACGAAGAGAAGCUCAAGAGAAUCAUGGAGGUUGAGCUGAACGGGCCAUCUUUCGCCACCAAGAUCGACACUUUGAUCCGACAUCUCUUGUGGCUUCGCGAAGAAGAUCCCGGUGCAAAAGCAAUCAUCUUCUCGCAGUUCAAAGACUUCCUGGAUGUCUUGGCUCGAGCCUUUGAGCGAUUUCGGGUCGGCUUCACAUCAUUCGACAAGAAGGACGGCAUCACGAAGUUCAAAGAAGACCCAGGCAUCGAGUGCUUCCUCAUGGAUGCCAGAGCGCAUGCCAGCGGCUUGAACUUGGUUAAUGCCAGCCACGUCUUCCUCUGCGAGCCUCUUCUCAAUACAGCACUGGAGCUGCAGGCGAUUGCCCGCGUCGAUCGUAUUGGGCAGGAACACGAGACGACAGUCUGGCUCUACCUGGUUGAGGGCACCGUGGAGGAGUCAAUCUACAACAUCUCAGUACGGCGCAGGAUGGCUCACAUGGGCAGCAAUGGGACAGUAGCAAAGUCGGGAGACGCAACUCCGGAGGUCACUGAUUUGACCAUUGAGGCUGCGAACUCUUUGGAACUCCAGCAGGCAGCAUUGACGAAGCUCAUGAGCAAAGAUAAGCAACUGGGAGAGGUUGUCGAAAAGGACGAUAUAUGGGAAUGUCUUUUCGGGCAUCUCUCGGGCAAGACGAGUGGGAACACCAACCCCGGCAAUGAUGACAGGUUCAGCAACCCAGCAGUCUUGAGCUUUCUUGCCGCCGAGUCUGCCGAGGCUAGACGGCUUGAAUAG